AUGAAGCUCAAAGAUUUGGAGACUUCUAUUGACAAAAGUUUAUAAAAAACUAAAAAUUAGCAGAACUAUAUUACUGAAAAAGACUUAGAGCUAAAGGAUCAUAAGUACUUAUACGAUGACAUCAUUGGAUUCCUGAGUGAAACUGAAUAUUAAUAAGUAGUAGCUGAAAAAGCAUAAAUCCUCUAAGAAUAAGUUUAGAUACUAAGUGAAAAAUUCGACUUGGAAGAUGAGAGGUAGUAGGAUAGAGAAGUAUUGGAGGACGCUGAACUGAUCUAACUAGGCUUGAUUGAUGAUGAUUUCGAGACUCUUUUAGACCAGAACUUCAUUGAAGAAAAGAUAGAGUUGAUUGAGUAGUUUAGAUAGAAAAUUCAUGAGUAGAUAGCCACUAAAAGCACCCUAUAGUCUAUUUAGCUGUAGACAAUACUUGCAAAGAAAUUAAAAGAAAAACAAGCAGAGUCUCGAGUAAGAUUAGACAAUAUUGCAAAUAGCCAAGCUGUAAUCUUACAAAAAGAAAUAGAUAAAACAGUAUCUGAAAUCAAUCACGAGUCCUCAUUAGCAAUUUUAAAGUCAAAGGAAAUAAUAGAAACAAUUUGCUAGAAUUCAAAUAAUAAGAAAUUAGUAGAAUAAAUUAAGAAGUAACUAAUCAAAUAUCAAACUAAAAUUGAUCAAAGUAGCGAAGAUCGAAUUGAAAUUGAAAAGUAGUAAAAUGAGUAAACUUAAAGAUUUGACUAAGAAUUAGCUAAAAUCUAAAGUGAAGUCAAUUAGGAAGAAGAUUUAAAUAGGAAUCUAAAAAAUCAAGUCUUAUAAUACUAGCAAAAUUUACAAGAAAUUAAAUUAGAGUAGGAAGUGCUUCUAGAUGAAAACUAAGAACUUAAGGAAACAAUUUAAGAUGAGAGGGAGUAUUCAUAGCUUAUAUAAGAAAAUGCAGAGGAAUAGGAUACAAAUCUAAAGACAGAGAAUCUAAAGCCUAAGAAACCAUUUAAAUUUUACUCUAACAUUAUCCAAGAUAUAUAAUCUGAAAGUAGGUAAAUCCUUAUUUAGCAAUGA